AUGAAAAUUAAUAUGAGAAACACCUUUACGAUAAUUUUAGCAAACCAACAAACUGACAAAAGAUGGGCCGAAACACAUGCCAAUGGGUUUAUUUCAAAAGUGAAAUCACAUAUUAACACAUCGAUUGUAACAAAAAUUACUGAUGAUAUAGAAUGCAAGCUUAAGACAACAUAUAUGGAUCCCGAAACAACAUCUAAGAUAGCCUUUAAAAUGAGCUUUGAAGAGAAGAAUUGGGCUUACGUUCUUCGAUUUGCUUUGAAUACAAAUGCUUUGCUAACAGAAAUAUUCGAAGACGACUUUAAAGAGAAAGUUAUACAUGCACUGAAAUAUCACAAAAAAGGAUUCGAAGAACAAAAAGAAGUUUUACAGAACAGAAUUGUAGACUCUAUUCAGGAAUGGAAAGGUCUAUUUGUUAACUUUUCGGUGUUACACAGCAAGAAACUGUUCCCCAUCUCAUCUACCAACACUUUAUAA